AUGAUUACUAACAUUGGUGUAGUUGCUUUUACAAUUGAACAGAUCCGUGACUUGAUGGACAAGGUUACCAACGUGCGUAACAUGUCUGUCAUUGCUCACGUCGAUCACGGUAAGUCGACCUUGACCGACUCCUUGGUCCAAAAGGCUGGUAUUAUUUCUGCUGCUAAGGCCGGUGAAGCUAGAUUCACUGAUACCAGAAAGGAUGAACAAGAAAGAGGUAUUACUAUCAAGUCCACCGCCAUCUCCUUAUAUGCUGCUAUGGAAGAAGAUGAUGUUAAGGAAAUCAAGCAAAAGACCGUUGGUAACUCUUUCUUGAUUAACUUGAUUGACUCCCCCGGUCACGUUGAUUUCUCUUCUGAAGUCACUGCUGCUUUGAGAGUCACUGAUGGUGCUUUGGUUGUUGUUGACUGUAUCGAAGGUGUGUGUGUGCAAACCGAAACUGUCUUGAGACAAUCUUUGGGUGAAAGAAUUAAGCCAGUUGUGGUUAUCAACAAGAUCGACAGAGCUUUGUUGGAAUUGCAAGUCACCAAGGAAGAUUUGUACCAAUCUUUCUCCAGAACUAUUGAAUCCGUUAACGUGAUUAUUUCCACCUAUGUUGACCCAGUUUUGGGUGACUGUCAAGUCUACCCAUACCACGGUACCGUUGCUUUCGCUUCUGGUUUACACGGUUGGGCUUUCACCGUCAGACAAUUUGCUACUAGAUACUCCAAGAAGUUUGGUGUUGACAGACAAAAGAUGAUGGAAAGAUUGUGGGGUGACUCUUACUUUAACCCAAAGACCAAGAAGUGGACCAACAAGGACAAGGACGCUGAUGGAAAGACUUUGGAAAGAGCUUUCAACAUGUUCGUUUUGGACCCAAUCUUCAGAUUGUUUAACGCCAUCAUGAACUUCAAGAAGGCUGAAAUCCCAACCUUGUUGGAAAAGUUGGAAAUCAACUUGAAGGGUGACGAAAAGGAAUUGGAAGGUAAGGCUUUGUUGAAGGUCGUUAUGAGAAAGUUCUUGCCAGCUGCCGAAGCUUUGUUGGAAAUGAUUGUCAUUCACUUGCCAUCUCCAGUUACUGCUCAAGCUUACAGAGCUGAAACUUUGUACGAAGGUCCAGCUGAUGACUCUUCUUGUCAAUCCAUUAAGAACUGUGACCCUAAGGGUGACUUGAUGGUUUACAUCUCCAAGAUGGUCCCAACCUCCGAUAAGGGUAGAUUCUACGCUUUCGGUCGUGUUUUCUCUGGUACCGUGAAAUCUGGUCAAAAGGUCAGAAUUCAAGGUCCUAACUACCAAGUUGGUAAGAAGGAAGACUUGUUCAUCAAGGCUGUUCAAAGAACCGUUUUGAUGAUGGGUAGAUUCGUCGAACCAAUCGAUGACUGUCCAGCUGGUAACAUUGUUGGUUUGGUUGGUAUCGAUCAAUUUUUGUUGAAAUCCGGUACUAUCACCAACAACGAAUCUUCUCACAACAUGAAGGUUAUGAAGUUCUCUGUCUCCCCAGUUGUGGAAGUUGCCGUUGAAGUUAAGAACGCCAACGAUUUGCCAAAAUUGGUUGAAGGUUUGAAGAGAUUGUCCAAGUCUGACCCAUGUGUUUUGACCUACAUGUCCGAAUCCGGUGAACAUAUUGUUGCUGGUUCCGGUGAAUUGCACUUGGAAAUUUGUUUGUCUGAUUUGCAAAACGAUCACGCUGGUAUUCCAUUGAAGAUCUCCUCCCCAGUUGUUUCUUACAGAGAAACUGUUGAAGGUGAAUCCUCCAUGGUUGCUUUAUCUAAGUCUCCAAACAAGCAUAACAGAAUCUACGUCAAGGCUCAAGCUUUGGAUGAAGAAGUUUCCGUUGAUAUUGAAAACGGUACCGUCAACCCAAGAGAUGAUUUCAAGGCUAGAGCCAGAAUUUUGGCUGACAAGCACGGAUGGGACGUCACUGAUGCCAGAAAGAUUUGGUGUUUCGGUCCAGAUGGUAACGGUCCUAACUUGGUUGUUGACCAAACUAAGGCCGUCCAAUACUUGAAUGAAAUCAAGGAUUCCGUGGUUGCUGCUUUCCAAUGGGCUACCAAGGAAGGUCCAAUCUUUGGUGAAAACUUGAGAUCUGUCAGAGUUAACAUCUUGGAUGUGACUAUGCACGCCGAUGCUAUCCACAGAGGUGGUGGUCAAAUCAUCCCAACCAUGAGAAGAGUCACCUACGCUGCCAUGUUGUUGGCUGAACCAGCCAUUCAAGAACCAGUGUUUUUGUGUGAAAUCCAAUGUCCAGAAAACGCCAUUGGUGGUAUCUACUCGGUUUUGAACAAGAAGAGAGGUCAAGUUAUUUCUGAAGAACAAAGACCAGGUACUCCAUUGUUUACCAUCAAAGCUUACUUGCCAGUUAACGAAUCUUUCGGUUUCACCGGUGAUUUGAGACAGGCUACUGGUGGUCAAGCUUUCCCUCAAAUGAUCUUUGACCAUUGGGCCGUUUUGGGAGGUGACCCAACUGACCCAACCUCUAAGCCAGGUGCGAUUGUUAAAGGAAAGAGAGAACGUGCUGGUAUGAAACCAGAAGUUCCAGGUUACCAAGAAUACUACGAUAAGUUGUAA